GGGGGGGAGAAGGGGGCAGGGGAAUGGAAAUUUCUGGAACGACAAAGAUAAAAGGAUCUUCCCCUUCCCUCCCUCAAUUCCUCCCCCUUUUCAAUUUGCCCUAAUCACCAAUCCCACCGCUGCGAAACAUCAAGAACAGGCCUUUUUUCAUCAAUCAAACUUCUGAGUUAGUCUCCCGGUAUUUUGUAACAGUUGGUUCUCUCUUUAUACAUGAAACCGCAAUGCGGGGCUAUGAUAGAGAUGAACCGCAGGAUUAUGAUGAUUAUGAAGAUGAUGGAGUGGAGGGAGGGGAAGAGUAUGAAGAGGAUGGGGAGGAAGAAUACGAAGUGGAAGAACCUCCUAAGCCCACAAAGGAAGAACUGGAGUACCUUGAAUUGAGGCAGAAGCUCAAAGAUUCGAUUAGAAAGCAGAUGAAAAAGGAGAAUAGUAAUUCCAUUGCAGAUUCUAGCGCUAUAAAUAAGAAACUUCCUUAUGAUAAUUAUGGGUCUUUUUUUGGUCCUUCUCGACCAGUUAUUGCUCAGAGAGUUAUCCAAGAGAGCAAGUCAUUGCUAGAAAACCAGCAUGUGACAUCUAGGCUUUCGAACUCAUCCCACAUUAACAAAAACACAAACAAAGUAUCUAAUGGUGUAUUGAAAUCUUCUGCUCAUAAUCACCGACCAAAAGUCAGUGAGAAGCAGGUUAAAGCUCAGAAACUCAAGGUUACUAGAGAUUACUCAUUUCUUUUGUCUGAUGAUGCGGAGCUUCCUGCACCUACAAAAGAGCCCCUAUGUCGAAAUACACCCGCAUGGAAUUCUGAGGGACGACCAGCUCAUGUUUUAGGAAGGAGCAAACAACCUUUGGUCAAUAAUGGCAAGCUGGUUCGUGGCAGUGGUGAGGAUAGGAGACUUGUUGCUGGGGCUGGUCAUUUGGCUCCUAAAUCUGGGUCCAAUUAUAAGUUAAGUUCUACCAGUAAGUCCAGCAAGGAAUCAGCAGAUUCUAGAAGACAGCUUAGUAGCAAUAGUGGGAAUGGACUAGGCCGGCCAGUGGUGUUGAAAGGCUUGCCUUCAAAGAUGCCUGUUAGUGCCAUUGGGAAUAAAUCAUUAACACCUGGUAUGAGAAACCCUGUAAAUGGUGUGCAGAAACCACUUUCUUCAAAGUUGCAUUCAUCUAUUCCAAAGCAGUGUGUGGAACAAAGAAAAGGCAUACGAGAACAGAAUAAACCUAAAAUGAUACCAAAACAACCAUUGGCAUCAAUGAAAGUUCAGAUAAAUAAGCCACUUAAACAAAUUCCAAAGCAGUCUGAUGUGCAAGAUCACCGUCCCAAGAAUAAAGUUGGGAAACGACGCCAUGAUGAGGAUGAGGAUGAAAUGGAUGUCAGAUCAAUGAUCAGAUCAAUGUUUAAUUACAACCCUAACAAAUUUGUCGAUGAUGAUGAUGAUGAUGAUAUGGAGGCUGGCUUUGAUGAAAUAAUGAAGGAAGAAAGGAGGAGUGCUAAAAUUGCUAAACAAGAGGAUGAGGAGCAACUUAGGAUGAUAGAAGAGGAGGAAGAAAGAGAAAGGAGACGACGAAUGGCCAAGUUAAAGAAGCGUAAGCUUGGCCAGUAGUCAAUCAUAUACAAUGCUUGAUUUUAAUUUCAUGUCAUUGUUUGGUUCAUAUCGAAAUUAAAUUCCCAUCUUCAUGAUGUUUCAGUUUGGGAUUUGCAUUUAGUCAAUUCAUCGUGAUGAUAGAAUCAAAAUUUGGAAAUGAUAUUUUAGCUAUUGAACUAAGUACAUUUUUUAUAAUCAUAAAUCUAAAAUGAUUACAUUUAAGAAAGUCUUUUGGAAUUUGUUAACCCCCGUUGGGGGGGGGGGCGGGGACACAAAUUCCGGAAACUACCACAUAACAUCAUACUAUCAUUAGCACGGUAAUGAAUUAUUCUUUUUAAUAAAAAGUAACACUAGU